AUCCACAACUCCAUUUUCUUCACAGUGAGUCAAUAUCAAGGCAAUGAACAGCAGACUAAGUGUUGUUUGGAUGGCAUGAAGGAAAUCCCACUUUCAUACACAUGUGAGAGGAGAGCAGAAUACAUUUUGGAUGGUCAGGCCUGUGUUGAUGCCUUCCUGAAGUGCUGCAAUGAAAUGGAAAGCCAGACAGAUGAGAUGAAAGAAGACCAUCUCAAAUUAGCUCGAAGUGAGGAUGAUGACAGUUACAUGGACAGCAAUGAAAUAGUUUCUCGUACCAACUUUCCUGAAAGUUGGCUGUGGUCAGACAUCAUUCUUCCAGCUUGUCAACAACCCAACUGUGAGUCCACCACGUUAAUGAAAGCUGUUCCGUUGCCAGACUCAAUCACAACCUGGCAGUUCACUGGCAUCAGCCUGUCAAAAACUCUUGGUGAGCAGUGUGCAACUACAGUUUGAUUUUGUUACUCUCUUACCAUCACUUA